GGUGGGAAAGAUGGCGGCGGCUGUGAGACCCUCCUGGUGGCGGCGGUGGCGGCUGCGCGCGUGGGCUCGGGACGGGGCCAGGCUAUUGCUCCUUCUCCUUUUGUUGGGGUCUGUGCAGGGGCCGUGGCACGUCAGGGCGGGCCAAGCUGUGGAGUACUUGAAACGGGAGCACUCUCUGUCGAAGCCCUACCAGGGUGUGGGAACAAGCAGUUCUUCGCUGUGGAACCUGAUGGGCAAUGCCAUGGUGAUGACCCAGUAUAUCCGCCUCACUCCAGAUAUGCAAAGUAAACAGGGUGCCUUGUGGAAUCGGGUGCCAUGUUUCCUGAAAGACUGGGAACUGCAGGUGCACUUCAAGAUCCACGGACAAGGGAAGAAGAAUCUGCACGGAGAUGGCUUGGCAAUCUGGUACACAAAGGAUCGAAUGCAGCCAGGGCCUGUGUUUGGAAACAUGGACAAAUUUGUGGGGCUGGGAGUGUUUGUAGACACCUAUCCCAAUGAGGAGAAGCAGCAAGAGGCCCAGAAGAGGCGCUAUUCUCCAGGAGUCCAGCGGGUAUUCCCCUACAUCUCCGCCAUGGUGAACAACGGCUCCCUCAGCUAUGAUCAUGAGCGGGAUGGGCGGCCCACAGAGCUUGGGGGCUGCACAGCCAUUGUCCGCAAUCUCCGUUAUGACACCUUCCUCGUGAUUCGCUAUGUCAAGAGGCACCUGACGAUAAUGAUGGACAUUGAUGGCAAACAUGAGUGGAGGGACUGCAUUGAGAUGCCUGGGGUCCGGCUCCCCCGGGGCUAUUACUUCGGCACUUCCUCCAUCACCGGGGAUCUCUCUGAUAAUCAUGAUGUCAUUUCCCUCAAGUUGUUUGAGCUGACGGGGGUGAGGACCCCAGAAGAAGAAAAGCUACAUCGAGAUGUAUUCCUGCCCUCAGUAGACAAUCUGAAGCUGCCUGAGAUGACGGUACCACCAGCACCCCUGAGUGGCCUGGCCCUCUUUCUUAUCGUCUUUUUCUCGCUGGUGUUUUCUGUGUUUGCCAUUGUCAUUGGUAUCAUACUCUACAACAAAUGGCAGGACCAGAGUCGAAAACGCUUCUACUGAGCCUGCUGCCAUCAUCCCCUCUAUGAUGUUCACCCAUGAGGUGUGGAUCUGAGCAUACAGCCUGGCAAGUCUGCUUGAGUCGCCAGUUGUUCAGGGACUGUGUUCCAUCACUGGGGCUUUGAAUGCACUGACCCUGCAUUCUCAUGGUCAUCCACGGGAACAUCUCGCUGGCCCCAGACGCCACCCACAGGGCCGAGCAGCUGUGAUGUGCCUUCCCUGCAGUCCUUAAACUUAAGAGUGAAGAGACAUGGAAAAAAUAUAUAUUGUGAUGGAUGCUUAAAUUACAAAAAUCGGAUAGCUACCCUAAGGAUAGACUGGAUGCAGCAGGCCUUCUACUUCUUUUAAAUUUCCAAAUAGAAAACCAGAACUCAUAUAACCUGGAAACCCACUUAUUAGUUUUUGCUUCUGCCCAUGGCUCUUUCUACUUGAGCUUCUUGGCAAUCGGGAUGGAGAUAUCUGCCACACUUGUACCUGCCUCUCUGUGUCCCUUCACUCGUCCUCCGUGUGUGCUGCUCCCGUUAGGUGGACCUAAGACUUUCUGCAUUAGCUCCUUGCUUCAGCCUCUGGUCUGCUCUGGGUGGAUCUUGUUCCAUUCCUGUCUGUCCCUGCAUCUUCAGCUUUCCUAAUUGGAGCUCUCCAGGCCUUUGGAUCAUUUGGCUAAAAGUUGUUACAAAUGAAGUGAAGCUUAGAAGCUUAGACACCGUCACAGUCACAGAUGCCGUGAGAUUAGCUGUGACAUCAUCUAGGCCCAGGUGUGCCACAGAAAGCUGCAUUCAUCUCCUCUGACCACACGGAGGUGUUUCUGGACCCACUGGAGCCUGCUUAGCUGCAUGUUUUGUUUCUCAUGAUUCUUAGGAUCCUGCUUGGAGGAUUUGAAGUGGAAAGCAGCUCCUUAUUCCCUGGACUUAGACAUGACCCCAAGAGGAGAUUUGGCUUCUUAAUGAAGAGCAACAGUUGCUGAUUUCAUGUAACAAAUCUCUGAGAGCAAAAGACCUUCGUUCUCUGUCUGGCAAAGUCCUGAUCACUGAGCAGCACAGCUUGAGUGUGGGCCUAUGUGUGUGUCACCCCUAUUACACUGCCUUAUUCCACAAAUGUCACAUGCUGCUCACCUAUCUGCCCUGUGAUUAAAUUGGUUA